AAUUACUAGCGAGUCCAAUGCUCAUUACUAUUAGGUGGACUGAAACUUCACUGAAAAGAUACAAAAACCCCAAAUAAACAAAAAUACGAACAAAUCCAAAUCGUCAAAAACAAGGAAUCACCCUCUGCGAAUCACUGAAAACCCUCAAAAAUGGGCAACACAAACUCGAUCAACCCACCACCACCACGGCCACCGCCAACGCCAACGGCGGAGGCAGAACCAGAGUCGUCGGAAGUCUCUAACUUCACUUGCGAAAUAUGCAUCGAACCCAUGUUAUCAAACAAGAAAUUCACAAACAAGGGUUUAUGUAUCCACCCAUUUUGCAUCGAUUGCGUGACCAAGUACAUCCAAGUCAAGGUCGAAGACGACCUCAUCGCCGCCGUGAAGUGCCCGGGACUGAGCUGCGAUCACUUUCUCGACCCUCUCUCAUGCCGACCCAUCUUGGCCCCGAAGCUCUUCGACAAGUGGUGCGAUGUGCUCUGCGAUAGCGCGAUUCUAGGGUUUCAGAGAUGUUAUUGCCCUAAUCGAGAUUGCUCUGCGUUGGUGGUGAAUGAGUGUCAAGGGAUUGUUAGGAGAUCGGUUUGUCCUAAUUGUAAGAGGUUGUUUUGCUUUCACUGUCAGCUUCCUUGGCACGCUGGGUAUAGGUGUGAAGAGAGUGGAGAGAUGAGAGAUCGGAAUGAUAUAGCAUUUGGUGUUCUUGCUGAGAGAAAUAAGUGGAUGCGAUGCCCUAAAUGCAAUCAUUGUGUUGAUCUCAUUGAAGGUUGCUCCAUUGUCAAAUGCAGGUGUGGAACCAAUUUCUGCUACAAGUGUGGAAGGAAGGUGAAUCAACACUGGUGUGACUGCAACAGGAAUAUGUGGUGCAGGGUUUUGUUCCUUCGAAUCUGUAUAGUCAUUAUAAUCAUCUUGCAAUUCUUGUUUCUGUUUGGAAACGUAAUGAAACUUGGUAACUGAAGAAGUGCAAGCUUAUUGUUGAUAACUCAUGCCAAAGUUGGAAGAUACUUUUAACUAUACCACAAACAUUAUCUGAUCUCUUUCUAGAGCUUCGGAGCUCCAUAACUGGUUCUCCAGACUUGCUUUGUACAGGUACUAUACUAAUUAUGGCCGCCUAUUUAACUGUGGGUACAAAAAGUUGUAGUCUUAACAUUAAAAGAUUAUAGUUUGAUGUUUGCUUCAUUUUACUA